AUGGUUCUGAAGAAAUCGUUGGAGAUUAGCGAUGAGGAGCUGGCGAAGCAGGUUGAGGCUAUGCGGCAGGCCUACGAGAAAGAAUUGAAUUCAGACAACCAGAGUGAUGCGAUUCGUGAAGCAGACAUUUACGCACAGCGCAGUGGCAUGAAGCCAACCACGAUCACAACUACUGUGCAAACAUCAUGUGACGCGGAUGAGUCCUUCCGGAGGCCAAGUGGGCUGGGCCACGUGAAGCUCAGGGGUAUGAAGACGUGUGAUACACUACCGAACCGCGGCCCAUUGGGAAUGGGACGCAGGAUGGGCUGUGCUGGCGUUGACACUCUUAUUCGUAUAUACGUCUAUCUACCUCAUAGUGGUGACAGCUUCUACCUCUGGGUGCCGCACGAUAUCCCUGUUGGACCACCAAAGUUCACAAUGGACCGGUUCACUGAGAUUACUGGGAUAGCAAUAGAGGACCAGCGGCUCGCUGUGAAUGGCACAACGUUGAAGACGAAUUCCGUCGGGAUCAAUUAUUAUAAUGUGACUCACGGCUGCACUGUGACCUUGUCAAAAUUUGAAAGCUACGAGAAGCGCAAGGCCAGCAGAGAGCAGGAGCCCGUAUUGGCCGUGACCAUGGCUAAACGCGUGAAGGGGACGUCUGGCAAUGCUAUUACUAAAGCUUUAAAGGCGUCGGCCAGAAGGCUUAAUAAGACGGGCACUGGGUAUUGGAUUAUGCCUAAGUGGGAACAUGAUGAGUAUCCUGGGUUAAUAUCGGAGAAAUUAAUGCGACGGUUUGGUAUCAUGAGUAACGACACUGUGUUUUAUGAGGACUACCUGGGCAAGGUCCACCUCACGCCUGGCAUGGGCCAUGGGGAUCCGUUCGGCUCCAUAAGGGAGGCAUUUGAACGGCAUAAUAUCGUGGCUAGCUUGCCGCAACCCUCGUCGUCACGCUUCACUCACAUGGGCAUCAUUCGUAAUGGUUAUGACACAGUGUAUCACAAUCAUCACCGAGUGACGGAGGAACAGAGAGCACAGGGAGAUCGAACGCUUACCGAGACCUCCAGUAUGACCGUCCCUGGUGCCAUCACUACGGCCUCAACUGCGAAGUGCUUCUCUUGCUUCCCGGCACUAGUACGACGAGGCAACGGUGGUGUUAACAACAACAGCAGUGCUGAGCUUGUAUCGGACUUGUGGAGAGAGCAAAUGACUUUCCGAGGUGGUUCCAUUGUUUAG